UAUGGAUAACAGCUGAUCUAAACCGUCCAACAUUCCAAACAUUUAUAUUCUUUUUAAAUUAAUGGUGUAAAUACGAUGAAUGUGUGUGGUCGUGACGGAUCGAGAACGAGAUAUUCGAGAUACCAACGUCAACACCAGGUAACACCUGGUGGAAGGACAUCGUCGUUCCUGUUUUCACGUGACACGUGGAGUUAAACACUGGUAUCCGAAAACCCAUAUCAAUUAGAUGACGGCACGACGCCGUAGACUGGCAGGUCAUGGGAGCCUGUCUCGGCCGCUGUAUAACGAAAGUCACAGAUUUCGUGCCGUACAGGUUUUAUCAAAGGCAUACCAGAAUGUCAUUCCAAGAAGAAGAACAAGUUGAGUCCAUGGACGUUGAAGGACACGAAGACCAAACUAAAGGAUCAAACAGUCUCUUAUCGUUCCUCUCUUUAAAAAGAUUCAAGAAAAAACGUGGGGUUCCUGUAACUUUGGAAUUAUUAGAAGAUGGAAGAUGGGUACAAAGUGGUAAUAGGUAUGCUAGAUUGAGUUCCAGAAAUGAUGUUUCUACCAGUUCUGGUCUGGAUAUGUCCCUUCAAGUUCUUGAUGCAAGAACAUUAAUGAAACAACAGGCUUAUGUGACAUCCACUCCAGGAUCAUCACUGGAUCUUGAGUGGGAACACGAAGGAAUGCUACUACCAAUUAUGGAUGAUGAACAAGGAGAUACAGAGUAUUCUCUUACACAGACAUCAGCUAAUAAUAGUCAAGCCUCCAGUCUGACAGCAUCUCCUUGGUCUAGAGUCUCGAGUCCAAAUAGUUUAGAAUGGGAUCCGGUAGAACCAAAUAUGGUAUGUGUCGAUAUAGAGACUGAACAACUUUUAACUGAGAUAGAGAGAUUAACAGACAAAGCUCUAAAAGAGACGGGUGAAUGGACUAAUACUAGCUGAUAAACGAAUCAAUUAACGAAUUGUUUGUAUUUUUGUAUUAUAAAAAGUCACAAUAGAGCUAAA